AUGGUCUUUGCUUUCCCUUUCUCCCUUGAAGCUCAAGCAAAGACAUGGUUUUAUUCGCUACCAGAUGAGAUUGCUACCGAUUGGGAUUUCUUGAGAAGAGAGUUCUUAAAUAAAUUCUUUCUACCAGAAAAGACCGACUACAUCCGGAAGGAGAUUUCGGGUAUAAUGCAAAGAGAUCAAGAGAGUUUGUAUGAAUAUUGGUCUCGAUUCAAGAGGCUACUAGAGUCUUGUCCACACCAUAGAAUGAACACUCACUUGCUCAUUGGCUACUUCACCGGAGGUCUUUGUGUGGAAGAUAGAAGAUUGCUCACCGCUUCUAGCGGUGGUUCCCUUUCGAAAAACAAGACGGAGAGAGAAGCUUGGAGUUUGAUAGAGGAUGUUGCCGAAGCUACGCAACAUACAAGAGUGAGAAGUAAUCCUCUCAAGGGUGUGGUAGAACCGUCCCCCUCCGAAGCAAGCCUAACCAAAGCACUUGGGGAUAUGACCACCAUUCUCACCCAAAUACAAAAGGAUCAAAAGGAGUUUUGCUCCAUCCAAGCCCCACCUCCAGUGGCCCAACUUGAAGGCCCUCAUAGGAUUUAUGGUUUGUGCUCUAGCACCACACAUUACACCGAUCAAUGCCAUAAAAUUCAAGAAGAGCAUGCCCUUGUAGUGGCCAAUGUGAAUUACAACAAUCGUCCACCCUACCCUUCUCAAAGCCAAAACCACUACACUCAUGGUAGUAAUCAACACCAAGGGUGGAGGGAUAAUGCACAAGGGAACAAUCAAAUCCAAAGAUGGAACAAAUCUCUUUCUCAUCACAACAAUAAUUACCAAGCCAACCAAAACCACCACAACCAAAACCAAAACAACUACACCAAGUACCAAGCACCACACCAUAGACAACAAUCUAACCAUGCCUCUCCAUCUUCCACCAACCAAAUUGAAGAGCUUAAAGCCGCUGUGGAGAAACGGGAUGAGGGCUAUAAGGCUCAAUUCGAGGCUAUGAAUGCUCAAUUGGCCAAUCUUGUCGACAUGAUUUAA